AUGACCGAACCACAGGCAGAAAUUGGAUCUGUUCAGGUGUUUGCUAAACUAUUAGAACAAUGGGAAAAAAACGUUGGAAGUGCUACAUCUCCCAUAGAUAUAUUGGUUAAGAUGGCAGAGUUGGUUGAGAGGGAGACGGAAAACUACCUUAAGAUGGACCCUGAUCCAUUUGAUGACCGUCAUCCUGCCAGAACGGAUCCAAACUGUUCGCUGGGUCAGAUACUCAAAUUAUUGUUUAAGAAUGAUGAGUUCAUGAACAGGCUUAUCAAUAAUUACAUCGUUUCCAGUCGUGAGUUUGAUGUCAAUGCAGCAGCAUGCCGACUACUCUUGGACGUACUGCCGGGAUUAGAAACGUCAAUCGUUUACCAGGAACCAGAAGGCUUGAUCCCAAAAUUCUUCACCUGGGCUAGGGAGGCUGAAGAGCCCCUCAGGUCAUAUGCAACAGGUUUACUUGCGAGUGCAAUGGAAAUCCAAGACAUUGCUGGCAACUUCAGAGCAGAGAAUGCAAGUUUGGUUCCAGUCAUGCUACAUCGUCUUAAAGAACUGAAAACAUUAGCAGUUGAAGAAUCAACAUCUUCUGCUGCAGACUCUAGGGCGUCAGAAAGCAGAUCUGAAUCUGAUCUACCAGUGGAGGAAAGACCAUUUGUUUGUUUUGCUCCUUCAAAUAAGGAUGAAGAGACUGUGAAAACGAACACUGAAAAAACAGAGGAACCUGCGCUUCAGAUCAUUACGUGUCAGGAAAUCGGGGCAGAAGAGGAAGUCAUCGCUGUGAGCCCGGGAGAAGGACCUUCCACAAGUCGGAAUGCUGAAAUGGCCCCGCCAACUGAAAUCAAACCUGACUCGACUCGUAAUAAAAAUAAAAACAGAUGUAAAAAAAGAUUGCCUAGUGACUCUCAACAGAAGAGGUCAAAGGUUAAAACAAGUUCAAAGUUUACUUCAGGUCAUUUAUCAGCAUUGCCGAAACAUGAUUCUGUGUCUCACGAUGGUGAGUGGAGUAAUAGCAGCUGGGCUGAGAUGGUGCCAUAUGUAAUUGGAACACAAUGUAUGUAUCCAAUGACAACCGUCAUGCAACAAAGACUCAUUAUACAAUACCUUACGCCAUUGGGAGAGUAUCAAGAACUUUUAGCUACAGUACUUCAAUUGGGUGCAGUGGAUCUUACUUUACACUACAUUGACCUCAGUAAAACGUGUGAUGUCAGGCUCACAUUUGAAGGAUUAAAAUAUCUGGGGUCUCUCUUGUGCCAUAAAAAGUUUGCGGCUGAAUUUGUCAGCAUAGGUGGUGUACAGAAACUUUUAGAAAUCCACCGACCAUCCAUGGCUGCUACGGGAGUCUCCAUGUGUCUCUAUUACUUAGCUUACAGUGCAGACACCAUGGAGAGGAUAUGUCUACUGCCAUCCCCAGUGUUAAAUGAUCUAAUCCGUUAUGCUUUAUGGUUACUGGAGUGUUCACAUGAAUCGGGUCGUUGCCAUGCAACAAUGUUUUUUAUGCUGAGUUUUCCAUUCAAAGCAGUUCUGGAAUUGUUUGACAUGCAAGAUGGUCUCAGAAAACUGUGCAAUCUAAUCAGCACUUUAGAAAUCUUAAAUAUCGAAGAUCAAGGACUUUUACUGAAUGAUGAUGAAACGUUCUCCAAUCGUCAAACCGUAAAAAAUACUUGCGUAGCGUUGUUCAAAUAUUUUGAAGCUCAUCUUGCCUUGAAAGUUGACAGCGUGAAACGUCAGUUUUCGAGGAAUCAGGGAUACCUGCCACCGGAUCCAAUACCACCAUAUAAGACCCUCCUGUUUACCAGCGACUCAUUAAUGGACAACAUGGAGACACUGCUAGAGUACGCACCAAUGAGAAUCUACUGGGAGCCCGUCAGUGAAUUCCAGAAUUUACAAGGUAUCCCAUUACUGCUGCAAAUCAUCGCACUCUGCUAUGACUGGAGAAACUACAGUGCUAGGGGAGAAACCAUCAAAGCAGCGUUGGACAUUCUUUCUGUGUUAACGGUGAUACCGAAAGCACAGUCCCAACUCUGUCAACAGGUUGAACUACCGGAUAAUGUCAGCACGGUUGGCAUGAAUAUUGUGUGUGGGACAGCUGAAGGUGACGUGUUCCCAGAAGCUGAUGUACAGAAAUCUGCGCUCAGAGUGAUUAUAAACUGUGUGUGUGGUCCUUCUACCAGACUUGGUGGAAGUGUAACUAGAUACACCAGUGGUUCUGUCAAACGAAAUCGUGCUACGAUACGUAGUGGUGGAGACAUACUGAGUAAGCUCUGGGACUGUGUGCAAGCAAAUAAUGGCAUUCGGAUACUGUUAUCGUUGCUAAUGGUAAAGAUGCCAAUAACCGAAGCCGACGCUAUAAGGACGUUAGCAUGUAAAGCGUUAUGCGGACUGGCUCGGAGUGAAACUGUAAAACAGAUUAUCAGUAAAUUGCCGUUAUUCACACAUUGUCAGUUACAAGUGAUGAUGCGGGAACCAGUACUGCAAGAUAAACGAUCUGAGCACAUGAAGUUCUGUAGAUAUGCUUCUGAACUUAUAGAGAGAGUUACAGGGAAGUCUUCAAUAGGACCUGACACGUCAUUGGCUGAUAUAUACAGACUUAACGUAGUAGCACAAACAAGAAUAACAUACCCAAGUAAAGAAUUAUUACAGUUAAUCCAUUCUCAUCUUACAUCACAGGGUCUUAUAGACUCGGCGGCAGCACUCCAGAAAGAAGCAGAUUUACCAGUACACACCUCUGUCAACAGUACACCUCCUUCAAGACCGGAUAAAGUGUACGGCACUCCCAAAUCAAUAACUGGUUCACUUCAGCAUCUGACGUCAAUGUUGAAUUCUCAAUCCAGUACACCACAACAUGAAAAAUUCAGAUUUUCAGAUAAAAAUGAUGCUUCCUCAAGCCAACAAAACAUUACUAAUGGGAAUACACCACUCAAGCCGACAUUGAAGAAAAAAGUACAUCGACAGAAUUCCACAUUAACCUCAUUCCAACCAAGUUUAGCAGUAUUGAAGAGGCAGUCAAAUCGUAAAUUAGCAUCACCGCCAACCUUAGAUUCCAUCGUUAGUAACUAUCUCAUGGAACAACAUGCCAGAUGUAAAAAUCCUGUUGUUACAUGUCCUCCAUUUUCAUUGCUAGAACCACACAGAUGUCCUAAUCCAAGGUUCAGACGUUGUGCUCCUACCAGUAUCACAGCAAGAAUGAUGAACAGACCGAUAUAUCCUACACAUGGUGGUGUUGAUGGCGCUAAACAGAAUAGAAAUUUCAUUUACAGCAGAUUCCGGCCAGUGCAAACAAUACACGAUACAGAAGAUGAUGGCUACUUCACUUGUUGUGCAUUUACCAGGCAUUUUGAUCCCACCAGCAUGUAUCUAUGCGUUGGUACGUACGCAGGUGAACUGAAACUCUACAAUAUGAACACUGGAUUGGAAGAAGGCAGUUAUGUAUGUCACACAUCAUCAGUUACGUCUUGCCAACCAUCAAGGGAUAGUAAGUUGAUGUUGACGUCAUCACUGUGGGGAAGACCGAUGUCGGCGUUGUGGAAUAUGGACGAAGUGUUUGAAAGAAAGUUUGCCUUUGAAGACGAUCAUUACAUGCAGUUUGGGAAACUCUCAGAUGAUAAAAUAAUUGGCACAAAAGAUGACAUAGCCCAUAUUUACGACACAACAACAGGUCAAAGAAUUUUAAAACUUGUCGAUUCAGAACUCAGCAAUCAUUACACUAAAAACUGUGCAACCUUUGACCCAACUGAUGAGCUUGUCCUUUCCGAUGGCGUAUUAUGGGAUGUCAGGUCGCCUAAAGCUAUACAUAAGUUUGACAAGUUCAACACACAUAUCAGUGGUUUAUUUCAUCCCUCAGGGCUUGAAAUCAUCAUUAAUUCCGAAAUUUGGGAUAUCAGAUCUUUUCAUUUACUACAUACAGUCCCAGCAUUAGAUCAGUGUCAACUCGUGUUCAAUACUGGAGGGGAUGUCAUUUAUGGAGCAAUGCUUCAGUUGGAUGAAGAAGAUGAGCUAAGCGAUGAAAAGAUGAAGAGUCCAUUCGGUUCCUCGUUCAGAACGUUUGACUCCACAGACUAUAAGCCAAUAGCCACCAUCGAUGUGAAGAAAAAUAUCUUUGAUUUGGCGACCGAUCCGUCUGAUGGUUAUCUAGCGGUUAUAGAGAAUCAAGGUAACAUGGAUGAUUUACUAACAGAAAGUGUAUGUAGAUUAUAUGAAGUCGGUCGAAGUAAAGUUGAUGACGAAGACGAGGAAGAUGAAGAGCAGGAAGAUACACCAGAUGAUGAUGAUGACGACGACGAUGAUGAUGAUGAUGAUAGUCUUGCUUGGUCUGAUUACAAUCCAGAUGAUAAUGAUGCAAAUGAGGAAGAUAAUGAUAAUGGUGAUAAUCGUGAAAAUGAUGAAGAUGAGGGAUCAGCAGUUGAUGAUGAUGAAGAUGAUAUUGAUCUAUCUGAUUUAGACGACACAGUCAGUUCAGAAGAUGAUGAUGAUGAUGAUGAUGAUGAUAUUCUGUUUGCUCUUAGCAACAGUUUUCACUAGUUCUUGUAUGUAUUCAUGGUAACUAGAAGGAACGGACAUUUAGAGGGGAGAAGGGGAUGGGGGGUACGCACUUGUAAUUUUUUAUGUUUUAAAUCCAAAUGUUCAAGAAAACAAAGUUUGCUCACUUGAUGAUUUUUGUCAUGAAAAACAUGAAUUAGAAUAU